UCGUCCCGGAGGCGGCGCAAGAUGGCGGCGGCCAUGCAGGGCCCCGGCGCCCGCCCCGCUCAGCGCUCCGCCCGGCCCCGCCGGCGCCGUUGAGCCUUCCGCCGUUCUCCUCCCUGUCCCGGAGCCCCGCGGCCAUGGAAGGUCCCGGCGCGGCGGCAGCGGCGGGCGCGGGCCCGGGCGGCAGCAACGUAUCGGCCUUCCUGACGAAGCUGUGGACGCUGGUGGAGGAUCCCGAGACCGACCCGCUGAUCUGCUGGAGCCCGAGUGGAAACAGCUUCCAUGUGUUUGACCAAGGACAGUUUGCCAAGGAGGUGCUCCCGAAGUACUUCAAGCACAACAACAUGGCCAGCUUCGUGCGGCAGCUCAACAUGUAUGGCUUCCGGAAGGUCGUGCACAUCGAGCAGGGAGGGCUGGUGAAGCCGGAGAAGGACGACACCGAGUUCCAGCACCCCUACUUCAUCCGUGGCCAGGAGCACCUCCUGGAGAACAUCAAGAGGAAAGUCACCAGCGUGUCCAGCAUAAAGAACGAGGACAUCAAAGUGCGGCAAGACAACGUCACCAAGCUGCUGACCGACAUCCAGGUGAUGAAAGGAAAGCAGGAGAGCAUGGACUCCAAGCUGAUAGCCAUGAAGCAGUAUGUAUGUGGGGAGGGGUGGCGGAAAUCUCACCGUUUGCUCCGUGCUUUCCUUCCUCCACACGUUGGGUUUGGGGCAGGAAGAGGGGCGGUGCUGCGGGGACCUCGUGAGCACCAUCACAGCCCGUUGGUGACGUCCUGUUCGCAGCCAGAACGCAAUCCCGAAUGCGGGGCGAAGGUUCCUGGAGUGCAGCUCUGCUUUGAGACGUUGCAGUGGUAAUGGGGCCUUCAGGGGUGUCCAUCUGUGCCCCCCUGGUUUUGGUCUGACGUUUUGGGUGAUGUUUUGCCCCUGUGGGUUUCUUUGGUGGACAUUUCUUUUUGUCUCCCUCUCACAAAGUGUAACUGUUCCGUCCUGCGCUGCGGCGUUGGGGUCAUUUCGGAUCAUGGCUGCUGUCCUUCUCUUGUGUUACUGCAGUCCUCCUCCAGGCCCUUGUCCUCUUGCACCAGUUGGAUUCUGGCUGUGUGUGGCUCACUGGGGGUGCUUGCGCUGGGCUGGAGGCAAAGCGGGCGAUCUCAAGGCCUCCAGGAUGCUGCCUUCCCCUAAAGAAAUUCAUCACCAAGGUGAUGAGGCUCCAGCACUGCGGCCCGGAGCUGUGGGUGCCCCAGCCCUGGAGGUGCCCCAGGCUGUCU